AUGCGUAGUGUUGAGGAAAAGCAGGGACGGCCCCUGGAAAACCUCGUGCCCGACCUGGUGAAUCAGUUGGGGAUGAGCCGCGCGGCCACCCAGCUAGGGGUCAGCCCGGCAACCCUCGGAUACUGGAUGCUGAAGAUGGGCAUACAGUACCGGCGCGUCGCGUUGGCCGACGGCGAGACGAUCGAAGUCCGACGACAGGGGUAA